AUGGAUGAAACAAAUGACCCACCACCCAACUAUGACGACGCAGCUGAGGAGAGUGAUGGCACUCUGGACAAUGUCACUACAUCUGUAAUAACAACAACUACUACUACAACGCGUGUACAGCGUGCACGCUCUGCCCGUCCAUCCGCUGCCUCGGCCUCGCGCAGACCAACGCGCAGCAAAUCCAUCGAAUCAUUCCAAUCAAAUAGAACAUCAGAUCCAUAUCUCGACUCGUUACUCGCUCGCUCUGUUGCUGCACUCGAACUGUCCAAUGCACUCCUCCAGAGCACAAUGGCCACAAAAUCCACCCUCUCCAGUGUCCUCGCAAGUGAAGAAGAGCUAGAACGUCAGGAGAGAGCGUUUGAACAGCGACUACUCGAGAGCAACGGCAUCGGUCUAGCAGAAGAGCGCAAGAUGGCUUGGAUGAAGGAAAUGGAAAACAUUGUUCGCGACGUAGAAAGUCUCUUUGACAUUCCAAACUCAACUUCCAACACUCCUGCGUCUACCUUGGGCCGUCGUACAGGAAUAGACGCCGCCUCUGCAUCCGCUCCUCGUCUCGUGCUGGGAGACGCGGCAACCCACGUCCGCAGUCCACCUCCGCGUGCCUUGACCCAAUAUGUUUCCAUCUCCGGCGCAGGAGCGCGCGCUCCCGGUUUUGCGGCAGAAUCGACCGCGGACAAAAACUCGAUAUUCCUACCAUCUACGACAGGAAUGCGAAGUAGUGCACAUAAAGAAGCGCUUUCUGGGGAUGUCGGGAUAGGGAGAGUAAGGCGGUCAUCCCUCUCCCGUGGCCAUUCUGCACAAGCAAGCACAAGCUCAUCAUCCUCUCUACGUCCACUUCCACCUCCGACCCAUCCAGAAGCUCUCCCGUUGUCACCACAAGAGUUGCUCCAACUCCAGACGAGCAACGAGACCGCGUCUACAAGUCCUCGAGAAGAUCCCUACAAGUAUCUCCGAGGUCUCCGAACGCACGCCGCGACGGCAAGUGCGUCGAGUACCAUCUCAAAGGGUUCCCUCUCCGAUACACCCAUUCGACCCGUGCUCUCUCCUCGGCAGCCGCGCAUAUCCAAGAGUCGAGAUGGACGUCUACAGCACGCCAUGUCACCUACAACAGCGUCCUUUACAGCGUUUCCGCGUGGAUUGGAAGAAGGACACGCGCGCACACCGUCCAAUGCCUCUGGCUCGACGCAUUCGUCACGUAGUUCAAACAAAUACAUCCCCUCUAUCCAACUACCCUUAUCCUUUCCCACUCUACGCCGAUCGCCCAAUCCAAACCUGCGGAGCCCUACAUCCCCGACGCAGUCUAUGCAUUCCAAAGCGAGUUCCGAGGCGGCACCAAUCGAUUUUUAUAGUCCCAGUCUCGCAUCUAUACCCGAUCAUCACGAAGAAGAACUUUUGAUACCCACUUCGAGUAGUUUGGAUGACCGUGGGCGCUCUCCCGCGGUCGUCACUUCUUUUACGCCCGCGCGAGGACGCGCCAUUCUCAGUAGUCGAUUCCGUACGGCAGAUACGCUUAGAAAGAUUUUAGACACGAGUCCAAGUCCGCAUCCGACUGCGACGACGCCGAUUGAUAUCCAGACGCCGACGUCGAGCACGAGUGCGGCGAGUUAUAACACGGCGAGAAAAAAUACCGACGCCAGUUCGAAAACGAUUCGCAAGUCUUCUUCACGCAAAAUGCUCGAUGCUUCAAGUGUGCCGUUGCCUGCCUCUCUCACCUAUGAGCCACACACCCACAUUGGUGGUCUAGGGUCGUCCUCCUCCAUUUCCUCCACACAUUCCAAUUCGAUAUACAACGCCCGCACGCAUUCUGCCAUGUCCUCUUCGUCGGAUCUACCGUCGAAUGCAUCCGCGGCAUCGGAUGUACCCCAGCUUUCUGCAGAUAGGAAACGGUCUAGCGUAACGCUACGAAAACCUGCUCCGCGGUUCUUACCUCGUACACCUGCGGGUGGGUUGGCAGGGAUUAGCGUAAGCGGCGCCACGGCGCAUGCACCCGUGAUGCACGCGCAUCUAGUACAAGAUCCAGAAGACGUACCCUUAUCCGACCCAACUUCCCCUCUCCACGACCCAUCGCUCAAAGCUGAUCUAUCUUCACCACGCAUAUCCGACUCGGGGAGCAUGUCUCCGGGUCUGUAUUCACCCCCGGAGAGGAGAAGGACGACGUCGCUUUCGGCGUCGGUGUCCUCUAUUAUUAGCCAGAAACGUGCUUUGGAGAAUACAAAGUCGAAUAAAGGUGGGAGUAGGCUCAAGGGGAGCCCUGCAUGGCGGGCUGCGCGGAAAUUGCCACUCGAUGGACCAUUACCUUCUCCAGUACCUUCGCCUUCUCCCAGUGUUCAUGGUAUACCGACUCUUCCGGUAAAAGAAGGUGAAUGGAGUGCGGGUUCGUCGAGAAGGACGUCGUGGAUUGGGACUAGUUUACUUGGUCUCAAGCUCCCUGGAUCCACGUCGAGCUUGACUGCGAAUGGGAGUGGUAGUGCGACAAGAGUUAGUUUGCCAAGGAGCCUGUACGGUAUUCCGAGGAGAGGGAGAGUUGUACGUUUGAUGAGCGAGAGGAAGAAGAGCAUCACGAAGAUGGUGAAGCCGACGCCGACGCCGACGGUGGAGAAGGAGGUUGACGAUUCGACCUUCUGA